AUGAAUUUUAUUUAUACUGAACCAAAUUCAUUAUUAAUUAUACAUGCAUUUGAAGUUAUUGAACAUUUAUUAUCAAAUCUUGAUGAAUAUCUUUUAGCUAAAUUAACUCAAGAAAAAAAUCGAACUUCAGAACAACCAUUUCGUAUACGACGAAUACGAUUAAUGAAAAAUAUUUGGCAACAUUUAAAAAUAACCUUAGAAAAAAAUACAUUCAAUAAUGAAGAGGAUGCAUUACAAGCUAUUUAUAAUAUUUAUUGUUUGAUAACAUCUGUUUAUCAAGCAUAUAUUGGAUGUCAAAUACGACAAAUUAAAUUUGAAUCAAUAGAAGAAAAUAAUUUUUAUUUAUCUUGA